AUGGUCUUCCUUAGUUCAAUCAAGUCGUUUUUCGUGACUUUCUUACUUGCUUACACAGUAUAUUUAUUUUCUUAUAAAUGUGACAAGUUGAAUGAAACACCAUUGGAACAUGGCAUUCAAACAGUCUUCCACCCACUCUCUCACGCUCACAAUCAAGUUUGUGACUCGUUAAACAAGGGUGUUAACUUUGUCACUCCAUACUUGGAUUCAUUCCACGCUAAAGUUGCUUCCCAUCAAUUGUAUAAAGAUUACAAGGUUCAAGAUAAAGUAGACUGCGCUGGAGGUUACUACUCCAAAUAUGCUCAACCAUAUGUUCUUCAAGUUUUCCAAUUGGUGGAAACUUAUGAAGAAAUUUUGAUUGCUCACCUUUUGGUCGUCUGGGCCAAGAUUCAAGCAUUCUAUGCUUCUGAGGUUGCCCCAAAGCUCAAGCUUGCUUAG